CAAAAAGGAUAUGGAUGCGUGACUAUUUUAAAGACAAUAAAAAUAAGUUUUUAAAAGAGAUAGAUAAUGACGACUAUCUUUUCAAAAAUUUUACACGGAUGUCUCAAAUAGAUUACAAUAUUCUAUUGGAUAUGAUAAGGCCGCUAAUAACCAAAAGGGAUACGGUUAUGCGUGAGGCUAUACCUGCUGAAAUCAGACUCGCAAUCACACUCCGUUAUCUGGCAACAGGCGACUCAUACGCAAGCCUAAGCUUCCUAUUCAAAGUUUCAACACAAAGCAUUUCGAAAAUUGUUCCUGAAGUAGCGAAAAGUAUUUGUUCAGCACUGAAAGAUUACAUAAAGGCUGUCGAGAGCCCGUAGAAUUGUUGAAAAUGCUUUUGGAUUACUGGCAGCCGUUUUUAGAAUAUUUCGUAAGCCACUAGAAUUAACAGAACUCGAAACUGCUAUAGAUGUCGUAUUAUGCUGCAUUUACUUGCAUAACUUUCUACGAAAGCAAUCUUCCUCCAGAAAUAUACACGCACCCUUUGGUACUUUUGAUUCGGAAGAUGCCAGUUGUGGCGAAAUUAUACCCGGUUCAUGGAGAAAAACGACACAAUCAGACAGAGGUUUGCAACCACUUUCUUCAAUUCCUAGGAAACCUUCAAAUGAUGCCAAGGAAAUAAGAAACGAAUUUCAACAAUAUUUUCUA